AUGCUAUCAUCUCGUGCACUCAAAAAUAUCGCGCAACUGGAUCGUCCAUGGCGAUUCACGCCUACGCCGACUUAUGAUCCAGAAACAAGUCCAAAGGGGCUCAUCUCCUUUGGGAUGGCGGAGAAUAGACCAAUGAGAGAAGAAAUAGUCAAAUUCAUCAACGAAAAGGUUCUAAAUAGCAUAGUCGUCUUCUCGGUGGAUUCAAUCAGCUACCGCUCCACUACAGUCUCAAAUGCCCGACUCCCUGAUGUCGCAGCCGCCCAUAUGGACCGAGCCCUGAAGGCACAUGCACCGAUUAACCCAGAGGAUGUCUUUGUUGCUGACUCUCCGACCUCGUUGGGUCAUAUGCUUGGGUACAACCUAGCAGCUCCCAGCGAAGGCAUACUCGUCAGCCGGCCAGUCUAUGGCCGUUUUGAACUAGACUAUGGUAUUGAAGCUGGAGUCGAGAUUGUAUAUGCCGACACUGACACGGAGGAGGCGUUUAUGCCCGAUGUGGCGGAGAAGUAUGAGCAGGCUUUGGCAGAUGCCAAAGAGCGGGGUGUGAAUAUCCGGGCCGUUCUUCUGGUUAACCCGCAUAACCCAGUCGGCCGCUGCUACCCGGUUAAGACGCUGAAGCACAUCGCCCGGUUCUGUGAUAGACAUAGGCUCCACCUUAUUAGUGAUGAGGUUUAUGCGUCGUGUGUCUUUGACACUGGCAAUCCCGAGGCCGUGCCAUUCACUUCAAUUCUUUCGCUGAAUUUGCAGGAUCUGAUAGAUCCUGACCUUGUACAUGUCCUGUAUGGCUUCAGCAAGGACUUUGCCUCCGGCGGCCUUCGCCUCGGGUUCCUGGUAACUCAAAACGAGCAGCUGCGCUUAGCAUGCAAGAUGUGUUCGAGAUUUCACAGCCCUUCCCAAGCAGCCGUCACAAUUGGAAUGGCCAUCCUAGAAGACCAGGACUUCGUCGAAAGCUUCACAGCCAAGACAAGAGCAAGUCUAGCUGCAGGCUAUAAGUUGACGACUUCCACGUUGGACCGGGCUGGGAUCAACUAUAUCAAGGGAGGAAAUGCCGGCUUCUUCGUCUACAUCGACCUUUCUCCUUUCCUUCCUGAAGGCGCCUCUAUCCGAGAACGAGAGUUUACUUUGGCGCAGAAGCUUGUUGACGCUGGCGUCUUUCUCCAUCCUGGUGAGGAGCAUGGGAAAGACGCCGGGUGGUUCAGGUUGGUGUUUUCACAAGAUGAGAGUGCGUUGAAGGAGGGACUUAGAAGGUUAGUUGAAUUUAUUCUUCUGAGUUUGCUUUGUUUUCUCUACAAUUGCUGA